CGGUGCGACGGUUUGGUCGGGUUUGGCAGCCAACGGUUCUCGUCGGCGCGAGGGAGGGAGGGAGGGAGUGAGGGGAAGGAUGUGUCCGGUGCCGCUUCCCAGCCGCUCCUGACCACGACAGCAACCCACCAAAAUACAACGACAACACGAAAUGGCGGCAGGGAACAUGAGCGUGUCUCAACAUAACGGCAACAGGAGGCAGUAUCUUCUUGAAAGACUUCUAGAUGCUGUUAAACAGUGCCAAAUUCGCUUUGGAGGAAGAAAAGAAAUUGCUUCCGAUACUGACAGUAGGGUAAUCUGUCUGUGUGCACAGUUUGAGACUGUAUUACAGCAUGGCUUAAGGAGAAGCAGAGGUUUAGCACUUACAGCAGCUGCUAUCAAACAAGCAGCAGGAUUUGCCAGUAAAACUGAAACAGAUCCUGUGUUCUGGUAUUAUGUGAAAGAACACCUGAAUAAACACGAACUGCAGCGCUACUACUCUUUAAAGAAUAUCACAACGGAUAUUGGAAGAGGACGAGCUUGGCUCCGGUCUGCACUGAAUGAACAUUCCCUUGAGCGAUACAUACAUAUGCUUCUUGCUGAUGGAAACCGCCUGAGUGUCUUCUAUGAAGACUGGUCCUUCAUGAGAGAUGAAGAACGUGCAAGUAUGCUUUCCACUAUGGCAGCAGGGUUAAACUCUAUCCUUUUUGCAAUCAACAUUGACAAUCAGGAUUUAAAUGGGCCUAACAAGCCUGUAUCUGCAGUUUCAAACCUGUUGAAAGAGUCAACACAGAAUGUUACAUCUCUGUUAAAAGAAUCCACGCAGGGGGUUAGUACACUCCUGAAAGAAAUCAAAUCAGUUUCUUCAGUGCCAAGUUUUAUGAGACUAGAACCUGAAUCAGACCCACUACCAAUUCUGCCCACAACUGUUAACCAAGAUUGGAAAUGUAGAAAAGAGAAAAAGAAAAGGAAAAUGGUGCCAAAUAUUAUCUCAUUUGAUAGAGAUGAGGAAGAACUGGGUUCUUCUGAGCAAGUGAUAAAGUCGGAUCUCACACGAGAAAGUUCUGAAGAGAAUUCAGAGAGGACUUCUUCAUCUGUUCCUCACUCUGUUUCGUGUAUGACGUUAGCUUCUUUUAGUCCAAAUUUGAAUGGAAAAGAAUACAGCAGCAAUAUGCGGAAGACUGAGGGUACAUGCCUAAAUGGUGAUUCUACUCACAGGAAACUAGAUAUGAAUAGUAUUGACGAUGACGAUGAUGAUGAAGAUGUGGAUGGCGAGCACAAUUAUCGAAAGAUCUCACCAAGUAAAGUGAGUGAAGAAGACAGACUGAUUUCUGAACAGCCUCUUGCAGAGAGCCUUUCCAACUCUCAAAUGUCUGGCUGGAAUACACUGCAGGUUCUGAAUGACAAUGACAGUUCUGACAUUCUUUUUCCAGUCAGUGCAGUUGGUUCCAACUCUCAGUCUGAUGCCACUUCUGAUAAUAUGGUAUAUUGCGAUGAACAUGAAAAUGCCACUCUUGCUUUAGAACUAGCCCAGAAGGGAUCUCAGCUUCAGUAUAGCGCUGAAGCCAGUUCUUCUCCUCAGGCUGAUGCCUUUAGUGGCCUUUUACCAGCUGCUGAUUUCCCAGAAUCAAUGACUGUUAAUGAACUAAGACAAGCUAUAGUAGCUAUGAUGAACAGAAAAGAUGAAUUGGAUGAACAAAACGGAUCACUGCGAAAUCUACUUGAUGGAGAGAUGGAACAUUCUGCAGCACUGAGGCAAGAAAUUGACAACCAGAAAAAGAAACUGGCAGAGCAGGAAGAGCGACAUGCUGCCAAGAUCCAAGCUCUAGGAAGAGAAAAUGAAGUAUUGAAGGUACAGUUGAAGAAAUAUGUAGGAGCUGUCCAAAUGCUGAAGAGAGAAGGAAGCCAAGUGAAUGAUGUUCUUCCGAAUGUGCGGAGCAGUGAUGCAGAUCUUACAAUCCCAGAGCCUAAACCUUUGGUGGAUAAAUAUGAGCUGGCUAACACCUAUGAGCGGAAGCUAAUAGAGGUGGCAGAGAUGCACGGGGAACUGAUAGAAUUCAAUGAGAGGUUACACAGAUCUCUGAUGGCCAAAGAAGCCCUUAUAUCACAGAUGAGGCAAGAACUCAUUGAUUUACGAGGUCCUGUGCCUGGUGAUUUAAGUCAAACAUCUGAAGACCAAAGUUUGUCAGAUUUUGAAACGUCUCACUGUGCACUGAUAAACGUCUGGAUUCCAACAGUGUUUCUACGUGGACGAACUGCCAACGCAUUUCAUGUUUAUCAGGUCUACAUCAGGAUCAAGGAUGAUGAAUGGAACGUAUACAGGAGAUAUACAGAAUUCCGAACAUUGCAUAACAGACUGCGGACUAAGUUUCCUUCAGUAAGCGCCUUCAAUUUCCCUCCAAAAAAAGCCAUUGGAAACAAGGAUGCAAAAUUCGUGGAGGAACGGCGCAAACAACUGCAGGAGUACCUGAGAAACAUAAUGAACAAAAUUAUACAAACACUUCCCCAAUUUACAGCCAACCCCAAAAAAGAAACCCUUGUACAGCUUCUGCCAUUUUGUGUUGAUAUUCAGCCAACUGGAGAUACUGCGAGUAAAACCAGGCCAAGGGUUGCUUCCAAGUUUUCCAGACUGAGCAGGACUCACAACAGGGAGACACGGAAUCCCGAGCCUCAGAGCGGCGACUUAUGACCUGUGAACUGAAAGGGGAUCCAACCUUUCUUCCCAGCCGCUUUUUCAUAUAUCAAUCUAACUUGUUGUUAGCUGAGAUAAAUCAAGGAAGAUGGAGCAGCGGUAAUAUAUCAUGGGAUAUGACCUGGAGGGCUGUGCCUGUGUGUCUUACAUGAUAUCGGUGAUUUGAAAUGAAUUAUCACUUUGAGGAAUCAUGCUAAAAACUAGGAGUCCCUAUAACUAGCAAGAUUUACAGUUUGUUCACUACAUUACACACUUUAAAGUUUGUUAGAUGUUACCUGACCUGCUGAGUGUUCCCAGCUUUUUUGUUUCAGAUUUUCAGCAUCUACAGUAUUUUGCAUUUUGUUUAAAGUUUGUUUAUUGCUUUUUGCCACAAAUUCCUAAAGCCUUUUUCUCACUCAUCGGAAUCAUGUUACCAGUUUUGCAGUAUUUCCUUUUUGAGCAUUAUCAAGAUUUACUCUUAGCUACAAUUAAUAUGGUGAAUGGGGAAGAAAGAGGUUUCCUAUACAGAGAAGGAAAAAUCAUUGAACACCUGCAGGCUAGUUCACACCAUUCAACACAAGAGACUUGUUAAGCAACCAUUAAACAAAAGGAACUGCUGAUAAAAUAUGACUGCAUGAUACUAUAAUUAGAAAACAGAAAUAGCUGCUCCUAGUUCUCUUGAAAAAUAGUAAAAUAGCCCCCUUUAAAAUAGUACAUAGGCCCCACUGGUAUGAGUUGCAUGUGACCUUUACACUGAGAUGCCAAGCAGCCAACGAUUACUUGCAUUAGUGAAUGAGUUACAGCUGCAAAUCUGUGAAAGUAUGACGUAUGCACCUGAGCAUAAGGAAUAUAUUAAUACUUGUCAAUAUAAUGGCAUCUAAGAUAUUUAGGAAGACGAUUAAGUACUUUCCAUAUUCAGAUCUAAUAUUUGCUUACUUAUUAUGGAAGGUUUCAGGUGUCAGCUUGGCUUAGCUGGUAGCGUUCUUGCCUCAGAAGGUUGUGGGUUCAAUUCCCACGUCAAGUCUAAACUCAAGGUCUAGGCUGGCACUCCCAAGUGCAGUGCUGGGAAUAUGCUGCAUUCUCUGAGGUUCCGUUCAUCGGAUGAGUCAUUAAAUCAAGGUCCCAUCCAUCUAUUCGGGUGGAUGUUAAAGAGCCCAUGGCACUACUCAGAAAGAAGGGUGUGGGUGUCCUGGCCAACAAAUCCCUGAAUCAAAUUAGUCAUUUACUUUUUGGCCUUUUGUGAAACAUUGCUGUGCACAAAUUUACUUCAAAAAUACGCAAUCACCACACUACAGAAAAUCCUGUAAAAUGCUUGGAGAUGUUUCGACAACAUGCUAAGGUGCUAUAUCAAAUGCAAGGAUUAUUAUUAUUAAGGAAUAAAAUCCAUUUUCUGCAAUCAGCCUAUAAAAUAAAAUCGACUCGUAUCGUUGAAAUUGAAAAUGUAAUCGCAUUAAUGACUGUUUUGCCUGAAGUACUGAUAGAAAAAUAAUUGAAUGUCAUUGGUUGAGUCUGAUAAUGAUAUCAAACUGUGAGAUCCACGCUCCUUGUAUCAUUUACAGUUUUAUAUUCUUGAUUCUGGAUUCUUGUAAAUUAAAGUAUAUAACGUUUUUAAUAACCACCUCUUGAUAAAAAAAUGCUGGACCAUGAAGAAAUUUAAUCAUAACUAUGAAUGUAAACAUUUGAACAAACCCAAUAUUCCUUGAUUAUGGUGAUAGUUUGAAAGCCUUUUGGGGAUAUUUCAAACACUGAAAUGCAUGAAAUGAAAAUUGAAAAGAUGCUUCUCUUAAAUUCACUCAUGAGAUGUUACACAAAAUUUUCCUUAAGACAAAUUUCUAUCAAUAGAAACCAAGGUAUAAUUCAUCCCCAUUGACAUAACUGCAGAAUAACUAACAGUACGGACUUGCAUUGGAGCGUAAUGAGGCUCUUGCUCCCUUUCUUUCCCUGUCUCUCUCUCCCAAAUUCCUUUAAACCACCUCACUUCCUGGUGCAUCAACUCUCCUUCCAUUGGGGACGAAGCUUUGUGCUGUAUCAAUCUCACUGCUUACAUUCUUAUCUUAUCUGUGCACUGCCAUCCCGAAAUCACUCCACCAAGUUGAUGAGUGUUCUGCCUAUCCUCUAUUCUCUUCACUAAAAUUGGACCAUUUCUAUUGAACUCCAAUUGAAACACUCACCGCACAUUUAAGUUUAAAAAAAAAUACCAAACACAAUGAGAGAAAAUUGGGAGUGAGCCCGUACACUGGAACUAAUCUUUUAUUGAUUAAUUGCGUAGAAAGAAUCUUAGCCAUCGAGUAAACUGUACAUGAAGCAAAAGGAAAGUGGUAUUAAGCAGAGUGGUAUUAGCUCCUCACCCCCCUCACGAUUGACAGGUCUUGAAUUUUAAUUUGUAUCCAAUUCUGAUCCGACAAUGAUUUAAAAAUGCGUGGAUGAAAGUAUUAAAUUAUAACAGUUUCUGACGUGGUCAAUCAUAAGGUUAGUGAACACUUUAUACAGUGCAUUUUUGAAACGUAUUUUAGUUAAUGAGCAAUACACUUGGUUCCGGCAUUUCAGGGAUUAAAUUGUAGCAAUGUGUUGAAAGCAACUUUACAUUUAUCCUCCAAGCUGUUGCACCUUGGGGGAAAAAUCCCCAAAAGAAACAUAAGAAUAAAUGUUGACAUACAUCUUAACUUAUGCCUACUGCAAGCUCAGCUUUUUGUUGUAUAUUUAGUACUUCACAACUUCAUAAAAUGAUUUUGUGUAAGUUGGCACAAAAUUGCUUAAUGUUCACAGAAGCAGUUUUUUUUUUGCCAUUUUUGAAUGAAACACUGUUAACAUACUUCAGCUUCUCGUGAAACAUCUCGUUUGCUUUUAGUGGCGUUUUUGUGUAAACUGGGACAAACCAAUACAAUCUGGUGCACAAUCAGAUCAGCAUUGGACACAGAUCACUGCCUGGAAAGGAAACGUUCAAAACAAGAAUUUAAAACGCUUUAGUUUGCCUUUGCAAUGCUAUAGGCUAUUCAAAGCUCUGAGUGUGGAAUUCAGAAAUGAUGAGUGAAUGUUCCUGAGUAAGGUGUGGGCUAUUUUUAUUCAGUGUUGAGUAUCGUGAUGGUUUCAUCUUUGAAAAUCAAUGAUAUUAAAUUGUUCACACAGAGCAUUCCUUCAGUUAUUCUUGUGAUAUAUCAAUAAGCAGACAACAUUAACUACAAAAUACAAAAAAGAUGACAAAGUUAACUGUUUCUUUUGUUUAAUCCAGAGCAUAAAUUGCGCAAGUAUGUUACACUUGUGGCCACGGUGUGUGCUGUGUCUACAAUGAAAUUGUUAAGAGAAUUUUAAAUUGUAUUAAAUGUUUUAUUGUAAUAUUCUUCUUAAACUGUACAUUUAAUGUGGCUAUUUGUAAAUGAAGAGACCUAACAGUACACAGCCCAGAGAUGGACUUCAACGGAGCUAAAGUAUUGCUACUAUUCAGUGCAAAGCACCAGAUGUGCCAUUACUUUGGUCACAGUCCCAUUUUGAGUCAUUUAGAAGAAUUGUUGAUAUUUAACCAGAAGUUUAUCAUUUGCUCUCUGCUUCCUAUUGAUAACGAUAUUUACAGUUACAGUGGAUUUUUAGGCUUUUUUUUAAAAAAAGAGAUGACACAAGGAUUUGUUUUUGUCAGCCGAACCCCACCAUCGCCAAACCAAGCUGAGAUUUCCAUGCAUCCCACUUACACACGGCAAUUCCAGAGAGAUCCAGAGUUUUUGUAUAUUUAAAACAUGAAUAUCGCAAAGUUUUGCAUCUGAUUGCUCAAGCUGAUCACUUUACAUUCGAGAAACUAAUCGUGUCUUGUUCAUUUGGGAAUGGAGUCAUGUUCAUCUUCACAAAUAAGCGCUACCUUUUGGGUUAAUAUGCGGUUUUAUAUCAUCUCCUAUUUGGUGCCUGCAAUUUACAUGUAAAAAUGAUUGAUUUACACCACAGCAGGAAAUUUAACUGCCACAGUCUAAUGUUAAAAAUACCAUUGUUAUUAUUCUGUCAUUUAUGAGCACAAUUUUAAGAAUGUAAUUUUGUUUGGAAGAAUUAAAUUCAUUGAAGGUAAAAGGUGUAAACUUAUCUGACUAUGCAAGAAAACAAAAUUGAAACAAACCUCGAGGAAUAUGUUUAAUUUUCUCCUAAGUGCUCAGAUAUUCAUUGGGGGAUAGUUUUGAAGUGUGGAACAUUUAAUUAGUUUAAAAACUAAUGUGUAGUGUUAUCUAAGCCUGCAUUUAAUUUGUAAUGCCAGUGAAGAGGCUGAGUAUUUAUUGCCAAAGGUCAGUGCCUUAUAAUUGAAAUCUAUGUUAGUGUUUUUCCUUAACCUUUAAUAAGCUUAUAGAAAAGUAUUUGCACUGAAAUAUGAAGCUUUCUGCAGCAAUCCAGAUUAUUUUCUGUCAUUUUAUGCCACAUUUCACACUCAAAUAAGCCUCUUAAAUCAUUUAAAUAUGAAUUUGAUCAGAAUUUCCCCCAUUUAUCUUUAAUGCUGUGUUAAAGACAGUGUUCAAUUAAUUCAUUUGGCAUUUUAAUACUAAUGAAAAAAUAUAAUGCUGCAACUAUUAAUAUGUUCUGAAGACAUAAGUAGUAAAUAAGCACACUAUUGUGCAGGUGCCAUGUGAAGAUUUUCUCUCCAUGUUGCAUAUCAAGCAUAACGCUUUGAGAAGAAACUUAAUUUCAUUACUAAAUAGAAAAGAUACGUAAAAAUGUUUGUCAAGGAUAGAUCAUUGCAUCUUUCAAGAGCUACACCCAUUUCAUGCUUUUACCUUGCCUUAUAAGUGGUAAAAUAAUCAAAGGUGCUAGAAUUUAAAAAUACGAGAUAGGAGAGACUUUCCAAUGUGGUUCCUUAUAUAUUUGACACCCUGUAAAUAGGAGCAAAAUUACUUUUAUAUAAGAUAUUGAGAAAAGGUGACAUCAAAUCAUCCAUUCAUACAAAUGAUUGUAAAUGAGUAUAAAUGUCUUUAAAUUGGAGAAGUUUAACUGUGCUUCCCAGAUAUCAGGACUCCCAUGUUUAAUGGGAUUGCAAUUUGCAACGGAACUGGAGUUUGGGGGCUUAUGGACUGAACCUUUUCUUUAUAAUAAAAAAGGAAACAACAUAUCUAAAGAUUUUGAGUUAAUAAUUCACAGAUAAGUACAGUCACUUCAUGAAAGAGUAAUAUCUUGCUUUAUUUAUAUUUUCAUGCAUAGUAUAGUCAGUAUGCAUUUAUCAUUCCUAAUCAGAUGAUAUGUAUUCUACAAAACCUGUUUACUAACCAAGCUUGCAUAGUGAAACAUUACCUUCUUUUCCUUUAAAACGAGAAAGAAAGAAAGCUUCAGUUUCUAUUUUGGACCAAAUUAAUUUAAACUUGAUUGAGCUGAUCACACAGUAUGAGCACAUAUUCUACCUUUAAAUUUGGGGACCAAGGUUACAAACUGAGAACUCGAUUUGCACAAUUUAAUGCAAGUGAAAAUAUUGGACACAUUGGGCUUGCAUAUGCUUCACUUCAAUAAAAAGUACCUUCCAUUGGAGUUAUUUAGUUAUCUUCAAGCAAUCAUCACGUGUAUUUUCAGGAAAUUCAUGUGACAAUUUAAACAGAUUAAAUCCCCUCAAUUUGAUUAGUGUCUUUAACAUUGUUUUCUUUCUAAUCUUCAUUCCUGUGAUAAUAUAUUUAUUUUGCAGUAUUAUAUUUGUUAGAUUGAUAUGCACUGUGGCUGUGCAAUAAUAUUGUAAACAAAUUAUCCGGGUAUUAGGAAAUCAUCUUUCAUUUGAUCGAAUGCAAGUAAACUAUUUUCAUUUGAA